AUGGGUCUGAAACGGGUGGAGGUUGUCGAUGUUCGCUGCUCACUGUUUCAACGACGCGUGCGGCGGAGUCGAGAGCUACGACUACAAGGGAGGCAGCGGCGUGUGACAACGCUGAGGGCAGCAGCGCGAAAGAGAUGGUCGGAGCUCGGCAAUGGAGGAGGGGUCGAGGAUGGCGCAAACAGCAGGAAGAGGACGACGACAGGCGGAUCUGAAGGUGGGCGGUUACAGGGGUGUUGGUGGUUGUUCGUUGUGAGAGAUGGGCGUGGCGGCGGUGAAGGCGGAGGCGGUGAUGAGGAGCUCGACGAGGAUGGUUCAGGCGACGACGAGGGCUGCUGGACGAGCGGCUCAGGCAACUGUCAAGGAGGGAAGGAGGUGAUAGCGGGUGGUGGUGGAAGAGGAGUUGGGUUGCUGUGGGUUGAGAGAGCUGGGGCAGGCGGUGAUGGGUAG